UCCACGAUGAAGUCGCCUAAGUCAGUGUUAUAGGAAGUUGGUACGACGAACCUCUUUAUCCAGAUCCGGCCUCGAUCCAUUUCCAUAUGAGUUUCAUACAAAACCACCCAACCACACAAUAUAUUCGAAUAAAAUUUAAUGAAUUUGCGGUAUCUCGAACGGUAGCGGAGGCCGAUUGUGAAACUUAUUUGUUUAACAUACGUGUUCUAAUGGUUUUAGCCAACAGACGUGCUAAAUUCUUGAGUUUUGACUAUAAAAGUGAUUUGAUGUGCAGUGAAAUGGACGAAUUUUCAUGAGAUGACCAACAAUGCGGAUUUUCGUACUAAUCGCAUGUUUGGCCUCGAUGAUUUCUUCUGAAAAUUACUGUCCACCAAUUUGGCAAAAACCAACUAUGGUGCAGAUGAACGAAACUGGGUCGAUUUUGCUCGGAGAAGACGAAUUUAGCGGUUGCGAAUGUCGGGCAUUUCCAGCCAGUUACUCGUUUUGCUACGGCCGACUCAACUGUCGCACAUUUCCCAAAAACAUCACAAUUUCAACCAAAGCCUUUUGGUUGAAAGCCUCUCGAAUUCCCGAAAUCAAACCAGGGGAUUUGGCCAGCUUAACACACUUGGAAAUCUUAAUGAUCGAAGGGAAUUACAACCUGACUCGUAUUUUAACUGGGAGUUUCACCAACAUGACAAAACUUUACAAACUGGACAUUUCAUUCAACUCAAAUUUGAAAAUUUUGCAACCCGGGUGUUUCAACGGACUGUCCAACCUGAAACACUUGCUACUUGUGAACAACGCCUUCACCAAAGUGGCCCAAAUAACACCAGUUUUGACCAAUUUACCCCAAUUACAGAAACUGGAUUUGAGCGAGAAUCAGUUUAACACAAUCGAAAAAGACGAUUUUGGGGUUUUGGGAAAUUUGCACGAACUGAAUAUGGUUUUGUGCCAAAUUGAAAACAUCGAAGCUUCGGCUUUCACACAUUUGAGGAAUCUCACAAUUUUGAGACUUGGAGAAAACAGCUUGAAUAUCUCAAGUCUAGCCAAAGCGAUUGAAAACACGACUCUUAAAUCACUCAAUUUGUACUCAAUCGGUUUGAAGAAAAAUAACUCGAGACAGUUAUUUGAUACCAUAGCGAAAACCAACAUCAGUUUUUUGUCUCUUGCCAAAAACCAGUUCGAGGCGAUUAACUCCGAGACGUUUCCGCUGAUGCCCAAAAUACAAACUCUGGAUUUACGAGAAGUCCUAGCUUUGAAUAUCACCAACAACGCUUUUCUUGGGCUACCAAACCUAAAAACGCUACUUUUGAGCGGGAAUAAGUUAAAUUCGAUUCCUGAUGGUGUCCUCUUGGAACAAUUAUCCUGUCUGGAUGUGAAACAAAACUCUGGAAAUGUCAACAAACACUCGUAUUUCUCCCUCUUUGGGGAGAAGUUCAACCACAUGAGGAAUCUCCUCCAACUCGAUUUGAGUUUCAACACAAUCCAGGCAAUUUACAACUCGAGUUUUGCAGGUCUGGAAAAUCUGAAAGUUUUGGGGUUAAAAAGCGCAACAAUCCAUCGGAUUUCCAAUAUCAGUUUUGCCAACUUGUCAAAAUUAAUAGUGCUAAACCUUGAAAAUAACCCAUUUGUUGUAAACCAUCCCAUGACACUGGAAAGUGGGAUUUUUGACGGUUUGGGCGACUUGGAAGUGCUUCUUUUGGGUGGAUGUGGCAUCAAAUUUGUCACAAAUGCGUUCAAAAAUUUAAAAAAAUUAAUUCAUUUAGGUUUGGAGAAAAAUAAAUUGACAACUUUGCCGAAUUUUGAAACUCUAGUCAAGUUACAAACACUUGACUUGUCUCAGAAUUAUUUAAAACCGUGGUUUGACCCGAUUUUUGCGAAUAACAACUUGAAAGAUGUGAGUCUUAGUGGCAAUAAAAUAACGUAUUUAACUCCUGCAAUGAUCAAUGAUUUGAGUAAUUUAUCUAGUCUAGAACUUGCUGAAAAUCCCUUCACUUGUGAUUGUAGUUUUUUAUGGGAUGAUCCCAAAAUCAUGAAACUGAUCGCUAAUCAAGCAAUUUUUUGCUUUUUUCCUGAUUCUACCACCGGUUUAACAUUAAAUGAGUUCCUAAGUGACAAACCCGACUGUCACAAUUUGUUAAUUUUAGUAUUACCAACAAUUUUCCUCCUUUUGUUUUUACUUAGUUUUGUUUUUGUUUUGUAUUAUUUUCGGUGGCACUUGAGAUACUGGCUUUUUCUCACUCGUCUCCACUUGAGCCGAAAUCACAAAAUCAGACGAAGUGUCAAAGGUCACGUUAAUUGCAUUUACGACGCUUUUGUUUCGUACAGUAGUGAGGACCGAAAUUUCGUAAUUCGUUUAGUGACAAUGCUUGAAAACUACCCUCCUUAUAUCAAACUCUGUGUCUAUGAGCGAGACUUUGAAGUGGGUACAAUGAUUUCGGAAAAUGUGUUAGAAAGUGUUGCGAAAAGUCGCAAAACUCUACUGUUGAUCAGUAAUUCGUAUGCCAAGUCGCAGUGGUGUCGUUGGGAGAGUCAGAUUGCUGAACAUCAUCGACUUUUCUUUCAAGAUGAGAAUGGACAAUAUGUUGAUGAUAGUCUGAUUUUGGUCAAGUUGGGGCCGGUGAAUGAGACUUACAUGACUCCGACUUUGAAGUAUUUGCUUAAAACUAGAAUUUAUCUCCAGUGGGAUGAAGAUGAGAAGAAGCAGAAGGUUUUUUGGGAGAAGUUGAGAGCUGCCUUGGCGCCGCCGGUGGAAAUCAACGAAAACACCUAUUUGUAAUGCCUAUUUUAAAUAAAGAUUUAAGUAUUGUUGUU